UAUCGCCGAAUCGAACGCACGCAACGGACCGGACGGAAAUCGCAUCUCCCGAUCGGAAAAAUCGUACAGUGCAGCCAAUUCGCCUGUUUACAGAAAUCUGCCAGCGCGCGUGUGUUGGUGCCAGUGCGGUGGAAAUUUUAAACAAAAAAAGAACAGCUGCGAAUUUGAAUAUUUAAAUCUCAUGCUCAUUAAGAGCCUAAAAUAUUAAAGAGUGCAGAAUAGUGAAUUGAAGAACUUUUGGACGCGCUAAGAGUCGCUGUCCAUCCCUAUCUGUCGUUGUGUUUCUCUCUCUCUCUGUCUCUCUCUUGUGUGUGUGUAGUGCUGGUGUGUGCGAGUGUGAGUGAGACUGGCAAACAAUUUGCCGCUAAAUACAAAAAGCAGCUGAGACCAGCUGACACAUGUGUGUGUUCGAAAUACAAUAACGUUAAAAGGCUAUAAAUAAAUUGCAAAUGUUUAUGUAGCCGUCAAGCAGCAGCAGUAGCAGCGCAACAACAAAAACCACGUGGCACAGACAUUUUGGCCACGAUAGUAAGCAAAUACACAAACACGAUUAAACAUGUCCGCCGUACCGGUUGCCAUCAAAACGGAGGAAGUUAUUCUAGAACACGCAGAAUACAACAGCGCCGAGGAAUUGGAUGAGGAAUUGCAAUUGCAACUAGAGGAUUCAGGGGGUGAGAACUAUCACAUCGAGUACGCCAGCGAGUCAGCCCAUCAGGGUUCUCAGCGCCGCCAGUCGAGCAUGAGCGGUACGAAUACCUCCAAGGGCGGAGGCGGUGGCGGGGCCUUGAGCGAUGGAGACGGUUCGGGAAAGCCCCUUGUGGACAGCGAGAAGCGGAUGCGCCGGGAAAUCGCCAACAGCAACGAGCGCAGACGCAUGCAGAGCAUUAAUGCCGGAUUCCAGAGUCUGCGAUCCCUGCUGCCGAGACACGAAGGCGAGAAGUUGAGCAAGGCUGCCAUCCUGCAACAGACCUUCCAAUACAUUGUGGAACUGGAGAAUCAGAAAACACAGCUGCUGACUCAGAACAGUGAACUGAAGCGACAGGUGGGCGAGCACGAGGCCGGAGGUGGAGGUUCCGGCGAAGGUGGUGGUACCAACUCCGGCGGAAACUACAAUGACUCCAAUGCCAGCGGGGGCAACUCCACGGCGGUGGCAAUCAAGAAGCGCAAGCUGACUGACAACGUGAUCAAUAUCCAGGCGAUUAGCGACAGUUCCGACGAAGGCCUAGGCUCGAUGUCCCCAGAACCGAUGACUCUGCUGACAGCCGGCGGAGCGGCGGCCACCAAACUGAGCAAUGCUACCCUUCUGGCGGCCAAGGAGCUCCAUGAGUCGAAGAAGCAGUUGGAGAAGGAACGCAGUCUGCGGAGACUCCUCGAGGAUGAGCUGCAGAUGAUCAAGCGGCAGCUGUACAGUGUGGCAACCGCACCGCCCGGAACUGCUGUGGCCGCCGCUUCUGGCGGUAGUAGUGGCGCCUACAUUCCACGCGAGGUCAUUGAGCACACCGAUAACUUUGUGCGCAGCGAGGAUUUGGAAGAACUUGGGGGCACUGUCUCUUAUGUGGAAAUCGAUGAAAUGACUGGGCAGCAGCAGGUGGUGGUGUGCUCCAGCAUCGAGGAACUCGAGGCCGAUGCCGCUGCCGAGAUCAUAACCGAGGAUCAGGUGCACGAGGAGGUCAUCCUGUCGUCGAACAGCUCGACGGAGUCCGAGAACGAGGUAAACGUGAACGCAAUAGCCAAAGCCUAUGCCGAAGGAUGCACGUCGAGUGCUGCGAUGCUGCAGCCAAUUUUGCAGGCGGCGAUCAAGGCCACGCCCAAGGUGGAGGUGGAACGCAUCCACGAGAAGAUUGUCAAGGUGAAGGCGGAGAAGCACGAUCUGCCAUCGAUGCAGACCGCAACACACUAUCAGCAUCCACAUCGCCAGAAUCUGGAGACCAUUGUCCAGGCCAUCAGGCAUCUGGAGGGCGACCAUCUCUUUGCGGACGGCAGUGGGGGCCAAGAGAAGUUUGGCCAGCAGCAGAAUCUCCAACAGCAUCACCACCAAAUGUCUGGAGUGCACCACCAGCAGCUGCAACACCAUCGUCUGGCGCAAGAUGCCCCGCUGGCCCUUACCACCACGGGCAAGCAGCAUGCUGCGCUGGCGGAGCUGCGACCCUUCCUUCAACUAAAGAGCGGCGGCAACAAGCAGGUCAUCAUUACGGCCAAGACGGCCAAGGAUGCCGGCGGAUUGGUCUCCACAAGCAGCAACAGUACCGCGGUCACGCCGACGGCGAUCUUCAAGGUGCAAACAACGGGCGGUCAUGGAAGCGGCAGCCAUUUGCCAGCGGGCUCCUCGACGGGCGCCAUAAUAACUGGGAGCAAUGGCAGCGGUGGCGCCCAGCAGCUGACCAUCAGCGGUGGCAGCGGUGGCGCCCAGCAGCUGACCAUCACCACAUCCUUGAAGCAGUGCCGACCGGGCGUGAUAGUGGCUAAGCAGUUGCCGUCGUCCUGAUUCAAUGGCCCCAAAACGGGAGCGGGAUCGGGCAAUAAUGGAGCUGGAGUAAAAGCAGGAGGAAGAUGUGGCGCCCAGCGUGGGGCAGGAGCUGUAACUGGAGCACGAGCUAGUAUUAAAAUCGCUCGCCAGGACACAACAACCACA